UGUAAAUUCGCCGAAUUAGUGCCAAAAGUAUAGUUUAAUAAAUAUUAUUUAUUCAUAGUUACCAAUAAAUUAUCUUAAAUUUUGUAAUAAAACAAAUAAAAUUUUAACUUUUUAAAGUUUUUCCUUUAAUCUUAACAUUAUUAGUGCAGAAAUUUCAUUUCGACUCAUCAAAAUAAGCGUACGAAGAAAAGAGAUAGAAAAAUUGUUGCGGCAUACACUCGUAUAAUAACAGCCACACUGACUGGCCACUGACAUCAUCAUCAUCAUAUUUAUCACUGGAUUUUCAAAAUGACCACAGAUCUGCUUUUUCCUAAAAUUGCUGAUUGUUCAUACGUUUCAUGUUAUUGCGAAGAAAAUGUUUGGAAACUUUGCGAACAAGUUAAGAAAACCCGUAACGACGAACUUUCAAAAUGUUAUGCUGUGUUUGUAUCAAAUGAGGGUCGCACCGUGCCCUUAUGGCGCCAAAAGGCGGGACGAGGAGAUGACCAAGUUGUGAUAUGGGACUAUCAUGUAUUUUUUAUGCAUAAUCCUUCCCCAAAUAGAUGUCUGGUAUUCGAUUUAGAUACGACCCUUCCUUUUCCAACAUAUUUUCAUAAAUAUGUUACAGAAACAUUUCGUUCCGAUUUAGCUUUAAGGCAAGAACAUCACAGAUUCUUUCGUGUAAUACCUGCUGAAACAUAUCUUGCUGAAUUCUCGUCAGAUCGAAGGCAUAUGAGAAGGCCAGAUGGUAGCUGGAUAAAACCUCCACCUUCGUAUCCGCCCAUACAAUCUUGCAGUAAUACUCACACUUUGGGUGAUUUCAUUUGUAUGAGUCCCGGCAAAGGACCUGGUUCGGUCUAUAGUCUUUCAGAGUUUGUUCAAAAUUUCUAUAAAUCUCCAAAUGUUGUGGCGCAACAAAAUAAUAAAUAAUAUCAUCCAAUAGAUAUUUUUAAAGUGUGACUAUUAGUUAAAUUUAAUUGAAAAUUUUAAUUUAUGUACUUUAAUACUAAAUUAAAAAAUUAACAUUACAAUUACCAACAACAUUAAGACUACCGCACUUUAAAGUUAAAGAAUAAUAAAACUAAAACAACAUCAGCAAAAAAAGGAAUAUGUAUGUGAAUAAAAACUUAUUUUUUGUUCUAUUUAUUUAAAAAGAACACAAAAAUAUCACUUCAAAUGUUUACAGGCGGAACAUUUUCAUUCAUUUGAUUCAAAAUACUUUGCUUGAUAUUUUAAAAUAGUAUUUAGCAACACAAAUGAAAUGAAAAUCUAAACAUGAAAUUGUCGGCAACACCGGCUGUGAUAAAUGGAUUAGCAAGCAAUUAAGUUGCAUUGCUACAAUAUUUUUGAAUAUCACGAUGUAUUAUUUAUUGUUAAGUCGUAUUUCAUUCACAACGACCCCGGGUGUGGACGACAGCCAAACAUUUAUAUAAGUUAACUUCUAUCUGUGGUUCUCUUCGAUAUGGAUAUAAAGCAAGACCCAUUUAUUGAAAUUUAAAUUACAAUUAAGGCUACAGGUAAAACUUAUUUUGUAUUUGAGAAAAUAAAACAUUUUCAUAAUUUUACAAAAGAAGCAAAAAAAAAAUAAAUUGAAACAUUGUUCUUAGUUUUGUUGAAGUUUGUCAACACAGAAAACUGUAAACAAUUAUAAGUUUCGUCUUUCUCGCGGAAAAUCAAAAUCAUUGCAUUUUUAUAUAAAUUUUUAACACAUACAUAUGUGUGUUUUUCACAGCUAUUUUUAUUAUAUCAAUUGAUGUCGGGAGAAAAAAUAUAUAAAAUACAAGACCAAAUACUCGAGAUUGUACGAAAAUAAAAAUCACACAUUUAAAUUAGAAUUUUGAAUGUUAAUUUAAAAAUUAAAAUCAAUUAUACAUAUAUUUUUAAAUAUCUUAAAUAUUUUACAAUUUAUACCCUUAAAAAAUAUAUAUUACUAAUACUAACUUUAUCUGUCUAUAAUUUAUGAAAUUUUUAUUCCUAAUCUCGCACAAUAUACUUACAUAUGUAUGUAUGAAUUUAUGUACAUUGAACGAAAAAUAAAAAUAUACUUACAUGCCUACAUAUGUAUGUAUGUAUUUAUGUAUUCUAUAUGUGUAAGAGAUCAGAAAACGGACUUUUGGUUUUUGUUAAUAACUUGUGUAUGUAAAUAUGUUAAAACAUUUGAAUAAAUAUUUUAUUCGAAUAUUAUUUCAAAGAGACUGAAAGUAGUAACCAAGAAUGUAGUUUGAAGGCAGCAUUAUAUAUAGUUUCUCGCAUUUCAAUAGCAAACACAAAACCAAAAUAAAUACAAAAUUAUUAAUUAGUAUAUUUAUUUUUUUUCCAAAAACAUGAGCAAAUAUUUGUUUACUAAAACCCACUAGAGCCCACGUAAUGCUAAAAUAUAUAAAAUUGUUAAAAAGACUGAUGCCUGUUAAUAUGGUAAAUAUGUGUAUCUUAUAAUUUUUUAAGGUCCUGCAAGCUCCCUCCAUUAUGUUAAAUACAAAAUUUAAUGAAAUAAAAAGUAUAUUCAUGUUUUAAAGUCCGUUCAUCUGGUUUUAUAGAGUAUUUUUGCUUAAUCUUGAUAAACCUUUUUUGUUAUUAACUAUUUUUAAAAUUUAUUAAUUAUGUACUUAUCUAAGCAUUUAGUAUUUAAAAUCGUUUUCAUAUUUUUAAGGUUUCUAUUGUAAAACUCUAGUUUAACCUUUUAACAAAUAUUGAAAAAAAAAACAAAAAUCAAGUUAACAUUGUUUCUAGUAACAUAUUUUACAGCAAAUUUACAUUAAAUUUAUCGAUUUGUAUGUGUGUAAUUUUCUAUUUUUUAUAUUUUUUAAAAACUAACUUAUUGAUACAAAAUACUACACGAGACAUUUACUCUAUCGUUUUAUAAUCACUAAUAAUUUUUAAUAUGUAAUUGAAAUAAGAAAUUUGUUAUGAAAAAAUAAAUAUUUUUGUUAAUAGAUUUAAGAAUUAAAUAUUACAGUAAUAAUACGCACCAUUCCAAAAAUACUACAACAAAUUGGAAAUAUUUCUUUAAAAUACAUUUUAAACACAAAAGGUCUACAAACUAUUAAAACAUUUAUAUAUUUACCGAGCCUUAAAGAAUAAUAUUCAACAAUUUUAUUAUUUCUAAGGCAUUUAACAAUUUCUGUUUUUUUACACAUUCAUAUCGAGGAGUAAUUGCAAAACUAAUGUUUUGAUGAUAUUUAUUGAAAUUUAAUACAUUUUACUGAAAACUUUAUUGACAUUUUCCAAUUGGCCAAUGACUUUAAAAGAAAAAAAUUACUUUUUUAUAUGAAUCCAGAAAAAAACCUUUCACAUAAGACAAACAAAAUUGUUUUUUUUUUAUUUUUUUUUAAAUUUUAGAUUUUACUAAAAACUUUUUUAUGCAUUUUAAUUACGUAUAUUCAAAAGACAACAAUAAAAUCACACAGUUACGGAAGAACAACAUACUCUAGUUUUAACAACAUAAUAUUGACAAC